GGGAUGGAGGAAUUCAGGAAGGAAUAGCUUCUUUGAGGCCCCAGGUGUGUAUAUGUGGUGUGGGGGCAGGAGGAGCCAGGGUCAAGGACAUGUCCCAUGUGUUUGGAGAAGAGGCUGGGGUCUCCUGUGUUACCAGUUCCUAAAAACAGGACUCGCUCCUGGCCCUGCCCUUCUGGGCUGACGCCCUCCCCUCUGGAGCAGCCAAUGGUGGGGCCUGGCCUUGAGCCCCCCACCCCCAGGGAGGGCAGAUGGCCAAAAAGCCAAGCUUGGCCCGUCAGCCUGUCGCCUUGCACCGCGACUCUGGCGCCUGUGCUGUGUGACCCCUGCCCCUGGCUGAUGAUGAAACCUGGCCUGAGCUGAGAUGCAGUGAUGCCCGGCAGGGCUGGGGGAUGCUGCCGUGUCUCCCUGUGGAUGCGAGGGCGGCCCUCCCCCAGACCCUGCCUCAACCAGCAGCCUCUGCGCAGCUCCAGCCACUCCUAGAAUCUAGGCCUGCUGGUCUGGUCACCUUGCUGAGCUCGCCACCCUGCGCCCACCCCAAGUGCCCCCAGCUGGUCUCCUCCCUGUGCGAACCCUGUCUGCUUUUCCUGGCCAUUGCUCUCUCUGAGGCCGUCUUCGGGAGGGAGGGUCGUGCAGCAGGAGGAGCCGAGCCUAGAGUGCUUGGGGAGGCGGAGGUGGGGAACGGUGCUACAUUCCAGGGGCCUCCUGUUUUUGUGAAUCUUUUUUUCCAGGGGGCCUUGACAGCAUUUGAGGGCCAGAAGGUAUUCAUCCUUGGCCACCGUGACAGGCUGAUGCUGGGUGGCCCAGAGUGAGUUGGAGGAGGAAAUGCCCAAGGGCCCGUCUCUGAAGUCACUGUUUGCCAUUCCCCUGGGCCAUGGGCAUCCUGAGAUGGUUCCAGUGGCGGACAGGCAUGAGGUGGCCAUGGCCAGGCGGCCUGGGCUCUGCUCCCCUUCUGGCCAUGCUCGGGCAGCAGGCUCCUGGAAGAAAAGCCCAGCUUGGGGGUGUGCUGUCGUCUGUGGCCCAAGCGCCCCACCACUGCUGGUUUCCAGGUGCCGGUGCCCGGCCCUGACUGCGGAGUUGGGAUGAGCCAUGCACGAUCUGCUUGCCAAGCCAUUAUGCCCCAGGCCCAGCAGCCCCCAGCCCCAAUCCCGUGCUUUCCUGGGUCUCCAGGGAGGCAGGAAAGCCUGGGGAGAAGGCCACAGCCCCAGUCAGGCUGCCUGGGCCGGAAUCCCGGCUCUGCCUCCAGCUGGGCCUUUAGUUCCUCCCUGUAAAGUGAGGAAAAUGAGGCUCAGGUGAGCAUGAUGGGUUCCUCUCUCGGGAGCAGCGUCUGGGAGGCCAGGCCCCUGGGGUCAGUGGCUGGGACAGCAGCAAGGGCCCAGAACAGGGAGCAGAGCCCAGGAUGGGGCAGGCGGGAGCCGCUCCGAGGCCAGGUCGCCAGGGUUGAGUUAACACAAAUGUGAGUCCCUAUCUCUGCUGGCUUGUGUGGUGCGGUCCUCAGAUGUGAGUUGGCUGUGACUGUCACCACUGUCUUUGGGGGCCGAAAAUUCACAGGGACAUUUCCCAGAUACCAGGGCCGCAUCUUAAAGUUCUGACGCUUUUGGAAAAGCCCACACGCGCACCGGUGGCUCCUGCAGACACAAACUGCUGCGGCUGCCCAUGUCCCCUCCCAGAAGCGAACCCCUGAGGGUUCCGCCAAGGGACAGCCAGACUCCUUGUGAAUGAGCAGGUCCGGGAAGGGCGGGGAGGAGGGCACCUUGCUCCUGCUCAUCCACGUGUUCAACCUCCUGGGCGAAAGGGUUUUGGUUUUUGUUUUUGUUUUUUAAAUCAACAGGGUGAUGUCCCGUCGGGGACAGUGUCUCCCAGGUGGCUGACUCCAGGCGGGUGUCUGUGGCCGCAUCGGCCCCACCUCCUGGACACACCUCUGCUGGCCAAGGGUGACAUAACCCUGUUCCCUGUCACUCUGUUCCCGCUUAUCUCUCCCGCCUUUUUGGCGCCACCACCUUCUUGGAAAUGAGUUGGGCCAAAGGGGAGGGGGCUUAGCAUCCCCGCCUCCCCCAGGAGGCUCCAUAAAAGCAACUGUAACUGGACUCCCGGACACCAGAGCAAGUCCUAGAGCUAACAAGCAGGACAGCUGGACGGACAGACAGCACCAUGGCGCUGAGCGUGCAGAUCCGGGCCGCCUGCCUCCUGCUCCUCCUCCUCAUCAGCCUGACCGCAGGCUCCGUUCUCCCACCCCAGACAAGACAGCUCACAGACCUCCGGACCCAGGACACAGCAGGAGCCACCGCUGGUUUGACGCCCGUGGCCCAGAGGCUAAGAAGAGACACCCACUUCCCCAUCUGCAUCUUCUGCUGCGGCUGCUGUCGCAAAGCAAUCUGUGGGAUGUGCUGCAAGACGUAGAGCUGCCCACCCUGCCCCAGCCCCUGUGUCACCCCUUAUUUAUUCCUGCUGCCUCCAACCCUGAAUGGUCUUGGAAUAAAAUAGCUUUUCUUUUCCAAA